UUAGGAAUUCUCAGGGCACAAUUGUAGAAUCUCAGUGCCACUCUCUCACUUUCAUUUCUCCACCUCUCUGGAAAUUCGCAGCAAAAUCAAUGGAUGAUGAGAUGGAGAAACCAAACGUGUCAGACGAUAGAGAAGUAGCGUUACAGAAGAAGCACUUAUCAAUGCUCGAGCGUCUCUCCAAACGCCAACAAACCCGUUCAGAUAACUCUAACUCCGAAUCUUCUUCAUUGGAAUCCACUUCCUCUUUCCUCUCACGCUUCUCCAAUUUAAAAACCUCCAUCGAGUCUCAGCUCGCCCAAUCCCGAUCCAUUUCUUCCGAUCCACCUCAGCUUAAACCUCACUUCCAGAAAAUCUCCGAAUCAAUCUCCGAUUUGGAAAAGCUCGUCGCCGAAAACUCUUAUUUCUUACCCUCUUACGACGUCCGUUCCUCCCUCAAAACCAUCUCCGAUCUGAAACAGAGCCUCGACAAUCUCAGCUCCGAGCUUAUCCCGAAAAAGAAAUUCGCGUUCAAGAGCAAGGCUACCAAGAAAGACAAUAAGGAUUCCGUUAUUCCUGAAACCAAACAAUCUCCUGUUCCGAAUCGCGACUCGGAUAAAACGAUCUUCGCGGCGCGUGACUCCCCUGGCUUCAGAAACAAAGCGGGUGAGGUUUUGGUUGGGGAGUUUAGGGGUUCGGAGGAGGUUGGGGAAUUCAAUGUUUCGGAUCUCGAUUCUUGCGAGGUGAGGAUAAUUGGUUGCGUGAGGGCGCUUUUCGUUCAUAGAUUGAAAGGUUGUAAGGUUUACGUUGGGCCAGUGACGGGAUCGAUUCAUAUUGAGGAAGUUGAGGGUUGCGUGUUCGUGAUGGCGUCGCAUCAGAUUCGGAUUCACGGUGCCAGAACAAGUGAUUUUUACCUUAGGGUUAGAAGCAGGCCCAUAAUCGAGGACAGUAACGGCGUGAGGUUCGCGCCGUAUUGUUUGAGUUAUCAAGGGAUUGAAGAAGAUCUUCGCGGUGCCGGUCUUGAUGCGGAGACCGGAAAUUGGGCCAAUGUCGAUGAUUUCCUGUGGCUGCGUGCGGUGCAGUCACCGAAUUGGUCAAUUUUGCCGGAGAAUGAGAGGAUUGGGAUUGUUGAUAUAUCCAACUUGAAAAAUGGGAUAGAGGAAAUUUGAUUUGAGUUGUAGCGCGCCAACGCCACCAAGUGUUCUCACAUUUUGAUUCUUCAAGCCUAGGUAUGUUCUUUUUUUGUCGGAAUUUGAUGUUGAGGUUUAGUGUGGUUUUGACAACAGAAAUGGUUUUGGAUAUGCUUCUUUUGAUUGUUGUUUGUUUUUACAAUGAAAGUGAGCAAGCACAAGCUUUUUAUUAGCCUGCAUUUAUCCUCGUUCAUGAAUCAGUGGUUAUUAAUUAUUUGUUUGUGUUUCAAAUUCCUUCCCUGCCCCAACCACAGCAUCUAAAAGGUCAAAUCCUUUUAGGGAAUGUCUUUUCUUCGUUUUUUGCUGCGUUUUUACAUUCGUUUGUCUCCUUUUCCUUUUAACAUGCUACUUCUGUUAUCUUGAGCUAGAAAUUAAGAAACUGUAUGAUAAAACUCAGGCCUACUCGAAGUGCUCUUUUUUUGUGUGAAGUUCUAGUAUGUGUGGUGCUUUAAAUUUACUUAUUUUUAAGUUUGUCCUCAAUCUGAAAAAUGAUAGAUAUCAGGUUGUUUUGCUUAAGUUCAAAUAUGUUUUAUGAUCUCCUGCAAAAUCACCAUCUAUUGUCGAUUCCACUUGUCAUGCUGCCUUGGCUUUACUUUUAACCUUCAAAUCAUCUAGGGAGCCUAUAUGCUGCUGAAGUAAUAUGGUUAUUCUAGUUCUGCAUUGCCAUAUUGUGUGCGAAUGUAUUAUGUUGUUUUAGGCAUGACAGUGCUCGGUAGAGUUCCAUUGUAGUUGUUAAAUGAGAUUAGACAACCAUAGGAUGCUUUUUUUUUUAUGCAUUCAAGUUAACAGAUAGAAAGCUUAGAGGAAUUAAUCAUUGUCAGAACAGUGAAUUGUUGAAAAUAUCAUACUCUGUUAUAUUUGUUCAUUUUUGUUUCUCUUUCCCCCUUUUAAGUUAAUGUAAACCUUUAGUUGUGAGAUAAAGAUAGUGAUCGGCCUUCCCCCUUCAAGUUCAAACAAGUCUUGUCUUUAAUUGUAAUCAUGAUCUCUAUUCUUUUACUUAUAUAUAUAUAGUUAUAACUGGGAAA